AGGACCCCGCGAAAGAGCUGCGGAAUUCAAAAUUUCAAAACAAACCCAGGGUUGUUGUCUUAACAUGUAACCGUGUACUCUGGGCUUACUGGCUGUUACAGACACAGCUCAGGUCCUCUAUCAAGAACUUUUAAAAACAUGGAUAUAGAUGAGAAGCACGAUUCAAAGCCGGAAGUUCCUAAAGCGCCGUCAAUCGAGGAUUUUAUCAUUUUGAAGCCGAUCAGUCGAGGUGCUUUUGGCAAGGUGUACCUUGCACGGAAGAAGUGCAAUGCGCGGUUAUAUGCCAUUAAGAUGAUGAAGAAAGCAGACAUGGUCGUUAAAAAUAUGACAGGCCAGAUGAAAGCAGAAAGAGACGCACUUGCUUUGAGCAAAAGUCCCUUCGUAGUUCACCUGUUUUACUCCCUUCAGACAGCCACCAAGAUCUAUCUGGUGAUGGAAUAUCUCAUUGGUGGAGAUGUCAAGUCUCUGCUCCACAUAUAUGGAUAUUUCGACCAGGAUAUGUCUGUGAAGUACAUUGCACAAGUGGCUCUUGCUUUGGAUUACCUUCACCGCCAUGGUAUAAUUCACAGGGACUUGAAGCCAGACAACAUGCUCAUAUCCAACGAAGGGCACAUCAAACUUACAGACUUUGGCCUUUCUAAGGUUAAACUUGACAGAGAGCUGAGUCUGAUGGAUAUCCUCACCACUCCAUCUUUGGCUAAACCUAAAAAAGACUACUUCCGCACCCCGGGUCAAGUCCUCUCCUUGAUCAGCUCCCUUGGAUUUAAUACACCUGCAGGAGAAGGCAAGCGACACAGCAGUGCAACUGCUGCAUCCAGCCCCAUGUCCUGUGGCAAAAUUAGGCAGAAGAACAACUCUCUUGGGUCUCCCUGUAUGAAGAAGAAAGAUCAGAUGUCCUCCCCGACUCGCUUUCCUUGGAGAACGGGACUUAAAAAUACUGUGUUUAGCCCUCAUAACCUGGCUAUAAAUCUGACUCCCACACUGAUGAAGACGAGGAAGAGGUUUGAGACGAUGAGUGCAGGCAGCACCACCGACACUGAAGCUGGCGGCAUCAGCCCUCUGUGGGAGAGUGAGGAGAAAGAAAAUGAACAGAGGGACAGGCAUCAUUCUGAGGCCAAGGACUGUGCACCAACCAAACCUGGCACCCUUGGUUCCUCUGCUAAGACCACUAGCAAUCUGUUAGAUAGGUCUAACCCAGGCCAUCUUGCAGAAAAGAGGCUCCACAGCACGUCAGCUCCUUCUGUAAAGAGAACAUUUUCCGAUGUUGAGAAAAGCCCAGAUCAACUGGAGCUCCAAGCCAAGAAGAGUAACUCACGCUAUAAGAGAUAUUUUGAGGUUCCAGGGGACGCUGCUCCGUUUCACACUGGCCUGACUGGAACUUUUUCCACUAUCCAAAUUGGUGACUUUGUAGCUUCCACAGAGGGGGUUGAAGUAGCAGAAGACAGGGUUCCAAAGCGCUCGAGUCCCAUUGCUGUUGCCAAAAGUCUGUUUUGUGAACUGGAGGAGCCAACAGAGGACGUGUUUGAAGAUGGAGCCAAAGACUUAUCACACUCAAGUUUCACAUCACCGCUUGCAGGGGACGGUGACGUCUGCAGGAGCCUGAGCCUCGACUCUGAUGGGUCCAUGCACGAAACGUCUCUUACAGUCGAUAGUCAUGCAUCUCUAAAACCAGAAAAGGCUUCCACAAAUGCAGGUUCAGCGUCAUUUCAGGAGCAAGACGAUGAUAAAGACUCAUCCAUCACUGAAUCACACCCACAAACUGCGUGUGCUGUCUCUACUGAAACACCUAAACUCUGUAACUUGGGCCUCAGAGGUGAAUCUAAGGGUGCUUUUCUUCAGCGGCUCCCUGAUCUGAGUGGCGUGGCGCAGUCCCCCUCAUUCCUCAAACCACGAAAUGUUGUGGCUUUUCGCAGCUACAAUAGCUCCAUCAAUCGCUCCAACAUGUCCCGGCUUAGCAUUGGGUCUGUUGACACUAUGGACGUGUCCACAACAGCUUCUUAUCACUCUGUGUCUGGUAUUGAAACACCAGUGCAGAAGAGAUCAAACUCCAACAGCUCUCUCUUUCGGACCCCCCAGCCCAUGUCUACGUCUCACACCCCUUUCCGGACUCCAAAGAGCGUCAGAAGGGGCGCGCUGCCUGUUGAGGGUGCUCCCAUUCUGGGCACUCCUGACUACCUGGCUCCAGAGCUUCUUUUAGGGAAACCACAUGACUACAUGGUGGAUUGGUGGGCGCUUGGUGUGUGUCUUUUCGAGUUCCUCACAGGUGUGCCACCCUUCAACGACGAGACGCCUCAACUUGUUUUCCAGAAUAUUCUCAACAGAGAUAUUCCCUGGCCCGAGGAAGAGGAGGAACUGCCUGUGAAUGCAAGAAAUGCGAUUGAAAUCCUCCUGACCAUGGACAUGACCAAACGAGCCGGUCUGAAAGAGCUGAAGUGUCACCCCCUGUUUGAAGGCCUGGACUGGGACAACCUGCAGAACCACCCGAUGCCUUUCAUUCCUCAGCCGGAGGAUGAAACCGACACCUCGUACUUCGAUGCGAGAAACAACGCUCAGCACAUCGCCGUGUCAGGCUUCAGUCUGUAGCUUCAAAAAACAAUCAGCUGAGCUCAGGAAACACAUUCUUGCUGUUGAAGUGAAAAUAUUCUCUGUGUUUAUGAUCACUUUCCAAAAACCAGAUCCAUCAUACAGAUUGAUUUGCAGUGAUGAUGUGGAUUAUGAUUGUUUGUCUGGUUGUGAUUUUCAUUUUAAAACUUUUUACCCAUUGUGCAAUAAUACUGUGGUCAUAAACGCUAAAAAAGUAGACUCUGUUGACUCUGUUACUGUAGUGAUGAGUGUGUGUUGGAAGCAUUCUGUUCAACCUUAGUAUGUCCAGAUUAUCUCCUUAUAUCUAUUUAAUAAGGUUCUCCUAUUAGCAAAAUCAAUUUGCUAAUUCUUAACUUAAUAAAAAGCUUUGAUUUCAGUGUUAUGGUGUUGGUUAAACUAAAAACAACUUAUCACUUGUUGCCUGAGUUAUCUUCCAUGCUGAUAUUUUUUUACAGCACUGAGCAUAAUUGUGAUGUUCCAUGUUCCUUGGUAGACUGGGUGGGCGGGCCCCCUGCGUUUCUCUCUACUGGGUAAGAUCCUGCUAAAGAAAACAUGAUGAUAUGAAGAUGAAUGUGUUUUAAAUGUAAAUCUUGUUGAUAACAUUUUGCGUCAUUGUUUUAAGACAUAUGUUGGUAGUUUGUAUUCUUAGAGAUCUGGUUUCGGCUGCUUUUAAGUUGUUUAAAUGUGUAAUUUCAGUGUUGUGUCUCUUGUCUAUUCUCUGCACUACUAGUUGUUUUAGAUAAUUUUGUGUAGCUUGUGAAAUUUUAUCGUGUUCACUCUCAGAAAAACACUUAAAUACAAAUAAAACUUGUUUGUAACCUGA